AUGAAGCUUAUAAGUCAAAUGGUGCAUUUCAAACCCCCGAAAACAAUCAAGUUUGUGAAUGAACGUUCAAAUUUAAAAGAAGAGAUACCGAAGGAUGUUCUUAUCGUAGCAGAUUUAAAUAGUCAAGGCAUUGAAAGAUUUUUUAAACAGGUGUACGACAAGAAAAUAUUCAACACCCCUCACCGAUGGUUGAUAUUUGAGGACCCCACAACUAAAGCUGUUACGGUACCUGCCCAACUGGUAAACUUUGAUAUUUUGUUGAAUUCCGACAUAAUAAUCGCAAGAAGGAUGGCGAACGAAUCAUUUGAUAUGUACAUGAUAUAUAAACGAAAAGCUAAAGGUGACUGGCUCAUAGAGCACUACGGGAGCUGGACAAGGGAAUUCAGACUACAAAAGUCUAAACGUAUGGAGCUCGUAAUACCUCUGAGGCGCAGGGACCUAGCCCUGCAGCGUGUUCCAGCUACGUUCAACAUUAACGACAAUUUUACAGGAUAUGAUAUAAAAAACCCGGAUCCUAUUAUUCUUAACUCACGACACAGCGUCACCAGAUGGGCAUUUUAUUUGCUAGACAUCUACGACUUUUUAAAUGCAACGCGAGUGACCGUGUUCUCAAACCAUUGGGGUUACGUCAUCAAUGGGACUAUGAAUGGGAUAGUCGGCACGUUAGCGAGGGGAGAGGCCGAAUUUGGUGGGACUCCAGUCUUCAUAACUCAGGAACGUAUGGUAUACUGUCAUUACUUGGUAAAUCCAGCCAAGACGACUCUACAGUUCGUGUUCCGAGGGCCACCUCUGUCUUAUGAGAAUAAUUUGUUUGUCUUGCCCUUCACUGGAGGGGUGUGGUGUGUCCUAUCUGUAUUUGUAGUCUUUAUGACUGUGGUUAUCUACGUAAAUGCUAGAUGGGAGAGGAAGAAAUUGGAGAUCUUGGAUUAUGAUAAAGAGAAAAUAAUAGCUUGGAAUUUGAACUUGAGCGAUGUAACUUUGAUGGUCAUUGGUGCCGUAUCACAGCAGGGGACUUAUACAGAACUAAGAGGGCCAAUCGGUCGGGCUGUGACCUUCAUACUGCUCCUAGCUUUCCUCUUCCUGUUCACCGCAUACUCUGCGAAUAUCGUGGCGCUGCUGCAGUCCACGUCUAAACAAAUCCGCACGUUACAAGACUUGCUCAACUCCAAAUUGGAGCUUGGCGCUGAAAACACGGCUUAUAAUAUACAUUUUUUUACGACAGCGACUGAACCCACACGUAAAGCUAUUUACGAACAAAAGAUUGCACCCCGCGGAGUCAAACCCAAAUUCAUGCCUGUGGAAGAAGGGGUUCAAAGAAUGCAGAAGGUAUGA